AUGAUUGCCACAACUCAACAAAACAUGACCACGGAGCUGCAGGACCUGGGAAGUUCAGACGGUCCCCCGCGGAACUGGAAGGGCAUAGGGAUAGCCAUGGUGGUGAUCCUGGCUGUUAUGUCUCUGGUCAUUCUCUCUGUCAUUGUCCUCACCCCCGAUGAAUCUCACUUGUUACUCCGUUCCCAUCUCACUAUGGAAGAUCUGGAGAGUGAAGAGUUCAAAGUUCAUGACCCCUGUGUGGCAUGGUUGAACGAAAACGAGGUGGCCCUCCGCACUAGAGAAGGACACGUCCUGUCGUUCAGCCUCAACAGCAACCUCACCUCGACUCUGGUGGACAACAGCUCCCUGGACCUGACUACAACUAAAUUUCAAGUGUCUGCAGACAAGACGUCUGUCCUCUUGGCGUAUAACAUUCGACCGGUGUUCUCUCAGUCCUUCACAGCCUCCUAUGCUAUCUACAAUGUGGCCAAUGGGGAUCUGCUGGAGCUUAAUCCUCCGGAGAGGGAGAAGGCAGUGCUACAAUAUGCUUCCUGGGGGCCUCAGGGGAGCCAGCUGGCCUAUGUGUUUGACGGAGAUAUCUACUACAAACCAAGUGUUGCCAGUGAAGCCCUGCGUCUCACAAUCACUGACCUGGAGCAGCAUGUGGUGAACGGGCUCUCUGACUGGACUUAUGAAGAGGAAGUGCUCUUAACAUAUGUUGCCCACUGGUGGUCUAUGGACGGGGCCCGACUGGCGUACCUAACCAUCAACAACUCUGCCACACCUGUGAUGGAAAUACCUCACUUCUUAGGCGGUCUCUACCCCUCCAAUGUGCUCUUCCCCUACCCCAAGGCUGGCUCAAGUAUCCCAUCCGUCAGUCUGUUUGUGGUGAAUCUGUAUGGUCCAGCUCACACUCUGGAGAUGAUGCCUCCAGACUCCCUCAGGGCCAGAGACAGCUACAUCUCCAUGGUGAUUUGGAUCAGCAGCACCCGCCUUGCGGUCCGUUGGCUGAAUCGUGUCCAGAACCAAUCAGUGCUCUGCGUGUGCGAGGCCACCACAGGAGCUUGCUCAGAGAAGCACAAAAUGGCCAUGGACAUAAUGCAAAACAAACGACAGGAUGUGCCGUUGUUUUCAGCAGACGGCUCUGUGUUUUAUACAAUCUUGCCAGCAAAACAAGGCGCUCGUGGAGAGUUUCACCAUAUCGCUGGUCUUUCAGCCCAGCCUGCCAUCCCCUCCGUCCCUCCUCGCUUCCUGACAUCAGGCAGCUGGGACGUCACCUUGCUCUGUGCCCUCGACGAGAAGGCUGGAAAAAUCUAUUUCCUGAGUGCAGAGGAAUCCAGACAAAGCAGGCACCUUUACAGUGUGGACCUGGAUGGAGUGUUUCAACGCCGGUGCAUCUCCUGCAACCUCAUAGAUGGAUGUCGCUUCUUUAAAGCUGAAUUCAGCCCCAAUCAAACCCACUUCACUCUCUAUUGUCUAGGCCCAGGAAUACCUAAAGUGACGGUUCACAGUACAAAGGACCCCUCCAGAUACGUCGUCUUGGAGGAUAACAGCCCUCUAUCUAGAGCUCUGGAGGACAAGAGGCUCCCUGAGACUCUGUUCAGGACACUCCCAGCAGAUAACCAUGAUCUACACCUGAAACUAUCUCUACCUCAGGGUUACGAGGCCAACCUGCACCCUCUCCUCAUCAUUGUGGAUGGCGUGCCUGGCAGUCAGUCGGUGACAGAGGAAUUCGCCCUCGACUGGCCUCAGGUCCUCUCCGGCACACACAAUGUGGCCUUAGCCUGGGUGGACGGCAGGAGUGGGGUAGGCCGUGGACAGAAGACCACCAUUGUGGAUCCGCGCAAGCUUGGCUCAGUUAGAGUCAAAGAUUAUCUGGGAGUUGUAGAGCUGUUGAAGCAACUGCCGUACAUUGACGAUCGUCGGAUGGUCCUCUUUGGCAAGGCAUUUGGCGGAUAUUUAACUCUCAAGAUGCUAGCUGCAACAGACAAGCUCUUUCAAUGCACGGCCGCUGUGGCACCAAUAACUGACUUCAGGCUUUAUAGUGCUGCAUUCUCAGAGAGGUAUCUUGGCCUUCCAGCUAAGGAGGAGCAUGCUUACUCUACUGCCUCUUUGCUGGAGGAGGUUAACAAGCUGAAAGAUGAGAAUUUCCUUAUUCUUCAUGGAACUGCAGAUGCGAGGGUACACUUCCAGCAUAGCGCGGAGCUCCUGAGCCGACUGGUGAAGGUGGAAGCCAAUUACUCACUGCAGCUGUAUCCAGACGAGGGCCACGUUCUGAGGGAGCCGCACAGCAUCCAGCACUUCCAGCGGACAGUGGUGAACUACCUCCAAACCUGCUUUAAGCACAGCUUCCCUCUAGAUCCCGUAGAGGAUGACGAUGAAGAAGAUGACUGA